AAAUAAAAAUUACCGACAAAAAGAAGAGAAAGUGACACGACACCGGUAGCAAACGGAUGGUAACUUGGAUUUUAAAGAUAACUGAAAACAUUUGAAGAAGUGAUGUUACCUCUUCAUAAGGACGAUGGCAACUACCGACCUGGAUGGAGAAUCAAAGAAAAAUUUAUGGGAUGGAUGAGGUUAAUAUUUUCAGAAAAGACUUCAAGGAAUAUUUUCUUCUUCCUCUUGUUGAAUUUAUCAUUUGCCUUCGUGGAACUUCUGUAUGGAGUUUGGACCAAUAGUCUUGGACUUAUUUCGGAUUCCUUCCACAUGUUCUUUGACUGUACUGCCUUGCUAGCAGGACUUGCAGCUUCAGUCAUUUCAAGAUGGAGAGCAAAUGAGUCAUUCUCUUAUGGGUAUGUGAGAGCUGAAGUUUUGGCUGGCUUUGUGAAUGGACUCUUUCUUCUCUUCAUUGGAUUCUUCAUUUUCUCUGAAGCCAUAGAGCGUUUGGUGGAGCCACCAGAAGUCAAACAUGAGCGUCUCUUCCUUGUGUCCGUGGGUGGCUUCAUUGUAAACCUGAUAGGAAUAUUCGCUUUUCAGCACGGACACGGACAUUCUCAUGGUGGGGGAGAUCAUGGUCAUUCUCAUGGAGGUCAUGGACACAGUCAUGGUUUGGGUUUAGAUACCCAGGAUUCAAUCAGUGCUGAUUAUACACCUGAUUCAGAUCAUGGACAUUCACAUGGUGAUAAAGGUCAUGGUCAUUCACAUGGAGAUUCAGAUCAUGGACAUUCACAUGGUGAUAAAGGUCAUGGCCACUCCCACGGUGGAGGCAGUCAUGGUCACUCUCACAACACAGCCAAGGCAUCACAAUCACAGAUUAUGCAAGGUGUGUUUCUUCAUAUACUUGCUGACACUUUAGGCAGUGUAGGAGUGAUUAUUUCAUCCAUACUCAUCUAUUACUUUGGCUGGAUGAUUGCUGAUCCGGUGUGUUCCAUGUUCAUCGCCACUCUCAUCACUAUAAGUGUCUUGCCACUAUUACGAGAUUCAGUAGGGGUUUUAAUGCAGCGUACACCGAGAGAGUUAGACCAUAUCUUACCUGGUUGUUACCAAAGAGUGUCCCAGUUAGAGGGGGUGUACGGUGUUCAGGAACCUCACUUUUGGACAUUAUGUAGUGAGGUGUAUAUAGGGACCAUCAAGUUAGAAGUAGCCAUGAAUGCUGAUACUAGAUACAUUUUGAGUCAAACACACAACAUCUUCACACAGACUGUCGGCCAUGAAAAGUUUUCCAAAGCUCUGGGAGGCAAACUCCUGAAUCUGGUGACAAUAAUUGUCAAUUUGUCCUGCCAGGAGCAGACUGUCCAAUCGGGCAGGAGUGGGAAUUGGCUUGAAGACCUUGUUGAUAUCUUCUUCAGGCAGUGGGGCAUCUCCUCUAGAUAUUCUCUGCUGGUUUUCUUGUUGCUGUAUGAAGAUAUGGGCAUCAAACGUCAGAAGCAAGUACGGAAAUCCUUAGCAUUUUAUAAACAGAACUUUGGGUACUCGCCCCCUUACUACAUUUUGGUUGAUGGUACUUUCUGUCGGGCUGCACUAAAGCAGAAGAUCAACAUUAGGGAACAGCUGCCAAAGUACUUAGAAGCUGAGAUCAACAUCUGUACCACACAAUGUACACUUGAUGAGUGUGAAGCCUUUGGUUCAGUCUUGUAUGGACCACUGAAAAUCCUCCAGCAGUAUCAGAAAGCACCAUGUGGACACUCCAAGAGCGUUAAAGGGGCAGACAAAUGCAUUCAACACACAACCAAAAAGACAGUCAAAUAUAUAGUAGGCACACAGGAUCCUGUUCUUAGAGAAGUUCUACGUAGUAGAGCAGGCCUUCCAAUUCUCUACAUAGCUUACAAUGCCAUAAUGUUAGAAAACCCUUCACCAGCAUCAUUGUUAGCAGCAGAGAAGAAAAUGGAGUCCGAACUAAGGCCAGCUUCACAUCAAGAGACAGUGAUACAGAAACUUAAAAGACAGACAUUUGGAGAAGAAGUGGUUGUGAAGAAAAGAAAAAAGAAGAUCAAAGGACCAAAUCCACUGUCGUGUAAAAAGAGUAAAAAGAGAGGAACUGAAACGAAACCUGCUAUUGUGGAGACAAAGAAACGUAGAAGAAAAAAGAAAAAACUCAAAUCUGUUCACAAUACUAAUGCUAUUUGAUAAUAUAUAUGCUGUUUUUGUUCAUUGCUGUUUCUGUUAUAGUAAUACAGGUAAUUAUUUCA